UCCUCUUCGCAGUUCCAUCUGCCUCGCGGGUGCCUCUGACGUCCCCAGAGGUCUCCGUUCCCGGCCCGCCCAACCUGAGUUCUCCUCCUCCUAUACCCCGACCUCAGCAUCAGCCCCUUGGGCCUCGGCAUCAUGGGUGACGGAGGAGAGGGCGAGGAUGAGGUCCAGUUCCUGCGGACGGAAGACGAUGUGGUCCUGCAGUGCAGCGCCACUGUGCUCAAGGAGCAGCUCAAGCUCUGCUUGGCCGCCGAGGGCUUUGGCAACCGUCUCUGUUUCCUGGAGCCCACCAGCAACGCCCAGAAUGUGCCUCCCGAUCUGGCCAUCUGCUGCUUCAUCUUGGAGCAGUCCCUGUCCGUCCGAGCCCUGCAGGAGAUGCUAGCCAACACUGUGGAGGCCGGUGUGGAGGCCCUCAAUUUGGAUAAGUGGUCAUCUCAGGGUGGGGGACACAGGACACUCCUGUAUGGCCAUGCCAUCCUGCUGCGGCAUGCACACAGCGGCAUGUACCUGAGCUGCCUGACCACCUCCCGCUCCAUGACUGACAAGCUGGCCUUCGAUGUGGGACUGCAGGAGGAUGCAACAGGUGAGGCCUGUUGGUGGACGAUGCACCCAGCCUCCAAGCAGAGGUCGGAAGGAGAAAAGGUCCGUGUUGGGGAUGAUCUCAUCCUCGUUAGUGUCUCCUCCGAGCGCUACCUGCACCUGUCAACAGCCAGUGGGGACCUCCAGGUUGACGCCUCUUUCAUGCAGACACUGUGGAACAUGAACCCCAUCUCCUCUGGCUGUGAAGAGGGCUCUGUGACCGGGGGCCACGUCCUCCGCCUCUUUCACGGACACAUGGAUGAGUGUCUGACUAUUUCUCCUGCUGACAGUGAUGACCAGCGCAGACUUGUCCAUUACGAGGGGGGAGCUGUGUGCACCCAUGCCCGCUCCCUCUGGAGACUGGAGCCUCUGAGAAUCAGCUGGAGUGGGAGCCACCUGCGCUGGGGCCAGCCGCUUCGCAUACGGCAUGUCACCACGGGGAGGUACCUGGCACUCACCGAGGACCAGGGCCUGGUGGUAGUUGAUGCCAGCAAGGCCCACACCAAGGCCACCUCCUUCUGCUUCCGCAUCUCCAAGGAGAAGCUGGAUGUGGCCCCCAAGCGGGAUGUGGAAGGCAUGGGCCCCCCUGAGAUCAAGUAUGGGGAGUCGCUGUGCUUUGUGCAGCACGUGGCCUCUGGCCUGUGGCUCACCUAUGCAGCUCCGGAUACGAAGGCAUUGCGGCUCGGCGUGCUCAAGAAAAAGGCCAUGCUGCACCAGGAGGGCCACAUGGAUGAUGCACUGUCACUGACCCGCUGCCAGCAGGAGGAGUCCCAGGCUGCCCGCAUGAUCUACAGCACUGCUGGCCUGUACAACCAGUUCAUCAAGGGCCUGGACAGCUUCAGCGGGAAGCCGCGGGGCUCAGGGCCGCCGGUUGGCACAGCGUUGCCCAUCGAGGGCGUCAUCCUGAGCCUGCAGGACCUCAUUGGCUACUUCGAGCCGCCCUCUGAGGAGCUGCAGCAUGAGGAGAAGCAAACCAAGCUGCGCAGCUUGCGCAACCGCCAGAGCCUCUUCCAGGAGGAGGGGAUGCUCUCCUUGGUCCUGAAUUGCAUUGACCGCCUAAAUGUCUACAGCACUGCUGCCCACUUUGCUGAAUUUGCCGGGGAGGAGGCAGCUGAGUCCUGGAAAGAGAUUGUAAACCUCCUCUAUGAACUCCUGGCCUCUCUGAUCCGUGGCAAUCGUACCAAUUGUGCCCUCUUCUCCACCAACUUGGAUUGGUUGGUCAGCAAACUGGAUCGACUGGAGGCCUCAUCUGGGAUCCUGGAGGUGCUGUACUGUGUCCUGAUUGAGAGUCCCGAGGUCCUGAACAUCAUCCAAGAGAAUCACAUCAAGUCCAUCAUCUCCCUCCUGGACAAACACGGGAGGAACCACAAGGUGCUGGACGUGCUGUGUUCCUUGUGUGUGUGUAAUGGCGUGGCCGUGCGCUCCAACCAAGAUCUCAUUACUGAGAACUUGCUCCCUGGCCGUGAGCUUCUGCUGCAGACAAACCUCAUCAACUAUGUCACCAGCAUCCGCCCUAACAUCUUUGUGGGCCGAGCAGAGGGCUCCACACAGUAUGGCAAAUGGUACUUUGAGGUGAUGGUGGAUGAAGUGACUCCGUUCCUGACAGCUCAGGCCACCCACCUGCGAGUGGGCUGGGCCCUCACUGAGGGCUACAGCCCCUACCCUGGGGGCGGCGAGGGCUGGGGCGGCAACGGGGUUGGCGAUGACCUCUAUUCCUACGGCUUUGACGGGCUGCAUCUCUGGACAGGACAUGUGGCACGCCUGGUGACUUACCCAGGGCAGCACCUCCUGGCCCCUGAGGAUGUGGUCAGCUGCUGUCUGGACCUCAGUGUCCCAUCCAUCUCCUUCCGCAUCAAUGGCUGUCCCGUGCAGGGUGUCUUUGAGGCAUUCAACCUUGAUGGGCUCUUCUUCCCUGUCGUCAGCUUCUCAGCUGGUGUCAAGGUGCGGUUCCUCCUUGGUGGCCGCCACGGGGAGUUCAAGUUCCUCCCCCCUCCUGGUUACGCCCCAUGCCAUGAGGCUGUGCUUCCGCGAGAGCGACUCCAUCUGGAACCCAUCAAGGAGUAUCGGCGGGAGGGGCCACGGGGGCCGCACCUGGUGGGCCCCAGCCGCUGCCUCUCACACACCGACUUUGUUCCCUGCCCUGUGGACACUGUCCAGAUUGUCCUGCCUCCCCAUCUGGAGCGUAUUCGGGAAAAGCUGGCAGAGAACAUCCAUGAACUCUGGGCACUGACUCGCAUCGAGCAAGGCUGGACCUACGGCCCGGUUCGGGAUGACAAUAAGAGGCUGCACCCAUGUCUUGUGGACUUCCAUAGCCUACCGGAACCCGAGAGGAAUUACAACCUGCAAAUGUCGGGGGAGACGCUCAAGACUUUGCUGGCGCUGGGCUGCCAUGUGGGCAUGGCAGAUGAGAAGGCGGAGGACAACCUGAAGAAGACAAAACUCCCCAAGACGUAUAUGAUGAGCAACGGGUACAAGCCGGCGCCCCUGGACCUGAGCCAUGUGCGGCUCACACCGGCACAGACAACACUGGUGGACAGGCUGGCAGAGAACGGGCACAACGUGUGGGCACGAGACCGUGUGGCCCAGGGCUGGAGCUACAGUGCUGUGCAGGACAUCCCCGCACGCCGAAACCCUCGCCUCGUGCCCUACCGCCUGUUGGACGAGGCCACCAAGCGCAGUAACCGGGACAGCUUAUGCCAGGCUGUGCGCACCCUGCUGGGCUAUGGCUAUAACAUCGAGCCACCUGACCAGGAGCCCAGUCUAAUGGAUAGCCAGUCCCGUUGGGACCGGGUGCGCAUCUUCCGGGCAGAGAAAUCCUACGUGGUGCAGAAUGGCCGCUGGUACUUUGAGUUUGAAGCAGUCACCACAGGCGAGAUGCGAGUGGGCUGGGCGAGGCCCGAGCUGAGGCCUGACACGGAGCUGGGAGCUGAUGAGCUGGCCUAUGUCUUCAAUGGGCACCGCGGCCAGCGCUGGCACUUGGGCAGUGAACCAUUUGGGCGUCCCUGGCAGUCGGGCGAUGUCGUGGGCUGCAUGAUCGACCUCACAGAGAACACCAUUAUCUUCACCCUCAAUGGCGAGAUCCUCAUGUCCGAUUCAGGCUCUGAAACAGCCUUCCGGGAUAUUGAGAUUGGGGAUGGAUUCCUGCCCGUCUGCAGCUUGGGACCUGGCCAGGUGGGUCACCUGAACCUGGGCCAGGACGUGAGCUCCCUGCGGUUCUUUGCCAUCUGCGGCCUCCAGGAAGGCUUUGAGCCAUUCGCCAUCAAUAUGCAGCGCCCAGUCACCACCUGGUUCAGCAAAAGCCUUCCCCAGUUUGAGGCCGUGCCCCUUGAGCACCCCCACUAUGAGGUGGCCCGUGUGGAUGGCACUGUGGAUACGCCCCCCUGUCUGCGCCUGACUCACCGCACCUGGGGCUCCCAGAACAGUCUAGUGGAGAUGCUCUUUCUGCGGCUAAGCCUUCCAGUCCAGUUCCACCAUCAUUUCCGCUGCACUGCAGGAGCCACCCCCCUGGCAUCCCCUGGCCUACAGCCCCCCGCUGAAGACGAGGCCCGGGCAGCAGAACCUGACACCGACUACGAAAACCUGUGCCGCUCAGCUGGGCGCUGGGGCGAGGCUGAGGGGGGCAAAGAGGGAACUGCCAAGGAGGGGGCGCCUGGGAGCACCCCUCAGGCUGGGGUAGAGGCCCAGCCUGUCAGGGCGGAGAAUGAGAAGGAUGCUACCACAGAGAAGAACAAGAAGAGAGGGUUCUUGUUCAAGGCCAAGAAAGCCACCAUGAUGACCCAGCCACCAGCCACCCCCACUCUGCCCCGACUCCCUCGCGAGGUGGUGCCCGCCGAUGACCGCGAUGACCCUGAAAUCAUCCUCAACACCACCACGUACUAUUACUCCGUGAGGGUCUUCGCUGGCCAGGAACCCAGCUGCGUGUGGGUGGGCUGGGUCACCCCUGACUACCAUCAGCACGACAUGAACUUCGACCUCAGCAAGGUCCGGGCAGUGACGGUGACCAUGGGGGACGAACAAGGCAACGUCCAUAGCAGCCUCAAGUGCAGCAACUGCUACAUGGUGUGGGGCGGGGACUUCGUGAGCCCUGGGCAGCAGGGCCGGAUCAGCCACACGGACCUUGUCAUUGGCUGCCUGGUGGACUUAGCCACUGGCCUAAUGACCUUUACGGCCAACGGCAAAGAAAGCAACACCUUUUUCCAGGUGGAACCCAACACGAAGCUGUUUCCUGCUGUCUUUGUCCUGCCCACCCAUCAGAACGUCAUCCAGUUUGAGCUGGGGAAACAGAAGAAUAUCAUGCCACUGUCGGCCGCCAUGUUUCUGAGCGAGCGCAAGAACCCAGCCCCACAGUGCCCACCGCGGCUGGAGAUGCAGAUGCUGAUGCCCAUCUCUUGGAGCCGUAUGCCCAACCACUUCCUGCAGGUGGAGACACGGCGAGCCGGCGAGCGGCUGGGCUGGGCUGUGGAGUGCCAGGAGCCACUGAUCAUGAUGGCGCUGCACAUCCCUGAGGAGAACCGGUGCAUGGACAUCCUGGAGCUGUCUGAGCGACUGAACCUGCAGCGGUUCCACUCCCACACCCUCCGCCUCUACCGCGCAGUGUGCGCCCUGGGCAACAACCGCGUGGCGCAUGCUCUGUGCAGCCACGUGGAUCAGGCGCAGCUGCUGCACGCCCUGGAGGACGCGCACCUGCCGGGCCCGCUGCGUGCUGGCUACUACGACCUCCUUAUCAGCAUCCAUCUCGAAAGUGCCUGUCGCAGCCGCCGCUCCAUGCUCUCCGAGUACAUCGUGCCCCUCACGCCGGAGACCCGCACCAUCGUGAUGGGCGUCUUUGGCGAUGAGGACGUGAAACAGAUAUUAAAGAUGAUUGAGCCUGAAGUAUUCACUGAGGAAGAAGAAGAAGAGGAGGAGGAGGAAGAGGGGGAGGAAGAAGAAGAUGAAGAGGAGAAGGAGGAGGAUGAGGAGGAAGAGGCACAGGAGAAGGAAGAUGAAGAAAAAGAGGAAGAAGAGACACCGGAAGGGGAAAAAGAAGGCUUGGAAGAUGGGCUGCUCCAGAUGAAGUUGCCAGAGUCUGUGAAAUUACAGAUGUGCCACCUGCUGGAGUAUUUCUGUGACCAAGAGCUGCAGCACCGUGUGGAGUCCCUGGCAGCCUUUGCAGAGUGCUAUGUGGACAAGCUCCAGUCCAACCAGCGGGACCGCUACAACCUCCUCAUGAGAGCCUUCACCAUGUCUGCAGCUGAGACUGCCCGACGCACUCGCGAGUUCCGCUCGCCACCCCAGGAGCAGAUCAACAUGCUUGUGCACUUCAAAGAUGGUAUGGAAGUGGAAGAAAAUCCUCUCCCUGAAGAGAUUCAACAGGAUUUGCUUGAUUUUCAUCAAGACCUGCUGGCACAUUGUGGAAUUCAGCUGGAAGGGGAGGAGGAGGAACCAGAGGAAGAGGCCACCCUGGGCAGCCGUCUGAUGAGCCUGUUGGAGAAAGUGCGACUGGUGAAGAAGACGGAGGAGAAACCCGAGGAGGAUCAGCCUGCUGAGGAGAGCAAACCCGAGUCGCUGCAGGAGCUGGUGUCCCACACGGUGGUGCGUUGGGCCCAAGAGGACUUUGUGCAGAGCCCUGAGCUGGUACGGGCUAUGUUUAGCCUCCUGCACCGGCAGUACGAUGGGCUUGGGGAGCUGCUGCGCGCCCUGCCCCGGGCGUACUCCAUCUCGCCAUCCUCCAUGGAGGACACCAUGAGCCUGCUCGAGUGUCUCGGCCAGAUCCGCUCACUGCUCAUUGUGCAGAUGGGCCCCCAGGAGGAGAACCUCAUGAUCCAGAGCAUUGGGAACAUCAUGAACAACAAAGUCUUCUACCAACACCCGAACCUGAUGCGGGCACUGGGCAUGCAUGAGACAGUCAUGGAGGUCAUGGUGAACGUCCUUGGGGGCGGCGAAUCCAAGGAGAUCCGCUUCCCCAAGAUGGUGACAAGCUGCUGCCGCUUCCUCUGCUACUUCUGUCGCAUCAGCCGGCAGAACCAGCGCUCCAUGUUUGACCACCUGAGCUACCUGCUGGAGAACAGCGGCAUCGGCCUGGGUAUGCAGGGCUCCACACCCCUGGACGUAGCAGCUGCCUCCGUCAUUGACAACAACGAGCUGGCCUUGGCGUUACAGGAGCAGGACCUGGAGAAGGUGGUGUCCUACCUGGCUGGCUGUGGCCUCCAGAGCUGCCCCAUGCUCCUCGCCAAAGGGUACCCAGACAUUGGCUGGAACCCCUGUGGCGGUGAGCGCUACCUGGACUUUCUGCGUUUCGCUGUCUUUGUCAACGGUGAGAGCGUGGAGGAGAACGCCAACGUGGUGGUACGGCUGCUCAUCCGCAAGCCCGAGUGCUUUGGGCCAGCCCUGCGGGGUGAGGGUGGCUCAGGGCUGCUGGCUGCCAUCGAAGAGGCCAUCCGCAUCUCCGAGGACCCUGCUCGGGACGGCCCAGGUGUCCGCAGGGACCGGCGGCGCGAGCACUUUGGGGAGGAGCCUCCUGAGGAAAACCGGGUGCACCUGGGACAUGCCAUCAUGUCCUUCUAUGCGGCCUUGAUCGACCUGCUUGGACGCUGUGCACCAGAAAUGCAUCUAAUCCAAGCCGGCAAGGGUGAGGCCCUGCGGAUCCGUGCCAUCCUGCGCUCCCUCGUGCCCCUGGAUGACCUCGUGGGCAUCAUUAGCCUUCCACUGCAGAUCCCCACCCUGGGAAAAGAUGGAGCUCUGGUACAGCCAAAGAUGUCAGCAUCCUUUGUGCCAGACCACAAGGCAUCCAUGGUGCUCUUCCUGGACCGCGUGUAUGGCAUCGAGAACCAGGACUUCUUGCUACAUGUGCUGGACGUGGGCUUUCUGCCUGAUAUGAGGGCAGCCGCCUCACUGGACACGGCCGCUUUCAGCACCACAGAGAUGGCACUGGCACUAAACCGCUACCUGUGCCUGGCGGUGCUGCCGCUCAUCACCAAGUGUGCACCACUCUUUGCGGGAACUGAGCACCGUGCCAUCAUGGUGGACUCCAUGCUUCACACGAUAUACCGCCUGUCCCGUGGCCGCUCUCUCACCAAGGCACAGCGCGAUGUCAUCGAGGACUGCCUCAUGGCGCUCUGCAGGUACAUCCGCCCAUCCAUGCUGCAGCACCUGCUGAGGCGCCUGGUGUUCGAUGUGCCGAUCCUUAAUGAGUUCGCCAAGAUGCCGCUCAAGCUUCUUACCAACCACUAUGAGCGCUGUUGGAAGUACUACUGCCUGCCCACAGGCUGGGCCAACUUCGGGAUCACCUCCGAGGAAGAGCUGCACCUCACAAGGAAACUCUUCUGGGGCAUCUUUGACUCGCUGGCCCACAAGAAGUAUGACCAAGAGCUGUACCGUAUCGCUAUGCCUUGUCUGUGCGCCAUCGCAGGGGCCCUGCCCCCCGACUACGUGGACGCCUCAUACUCUUCCAAGGCCGAGAAAAAGGCUACGGUGGAUGCUGAAGGCAACUUUGAUCCUCGGCCUGUGGAGACCCUCAACGUGAUCAUCCCAGAGAAGCUGGACUCCUUCAUUAACAAGUUCGCAGAGUACACACAUGAGAAGUGGGCCUUCGACAAGAUCCAGAACAACUGGUCCUAUGGGGAGAACGUAGAUGAGGAACUGAAGACCCACCCCAUGCUGAGGCCCUACAAGACCUUCUCAGAGAAGGACAAAGAAAUUUACCGUUGGCCCAUCAAGGAGUCCUUGAAGGCCAUGAUUGCCUGGGAAUGGACAGUAGAGAAGGCCAGGGAGGGUGAGGAGGAGAAGACGGAGAAGAAGAAAACGCGGAAGAUCUCCCAAAGUGCCCAGACCUAUGAUCCGCGAGAAGGAUACAACCCCCAGCCUCCUGACCUCAGCGGAGUUACCCUGUCCCGGGAGCUGCAGGCCAUGGCAGAACAACUGGCGGAAAAUUACCACAACACAUGGGGGCGGAAGAAGAAGCAGGAGCUGGAGGCCAAGGGUGGUGGGACCCACCCUUUGCUUGUUCCCUACGACACGCUCACGGCCAAGGAGAAGGCACGUGAUCGAGAGAAGGCCCAGGAGCUGCUGAAGUUCCUGCAGAUGAACGGCUAUGCCGUCACCAGAGGCCUUAAGGACAUGGAGCUGGAUUCAUCUUCCAUUGAGAAACGGUUCGCCUUUGGCUUCCUGCAGCAGUUGCUGCGCUGGAUGGACAUUUCCCAGGAGUUUAUCGCCCACCUGGAGGCUGUGGUCAGCAGUGGACGAGUGGAAAAGUCCCCGCAUGAACAGGAGAUUAAAUUCUUUGCCAAGAUCCUGCUCCCUUUGAUCAACCAGUACUUCACCAACCACUGCCUGUAUUUCCUGUCCACACCUGCCAAAGUGCUGGGCAGUGGUGGCCAUGCCUCCAACAAGGAGAAGGAAAUGAUCACCAGCCUCUUCUGCAAGCUUGCUGCUCUUGUCCGUCACCGAGUCUCUCUCUUUGGGACGGAUGCCCCAGCUGUGGUCAACUGUCUUCACAUCCUGGCACGCUCCUUGGAUGCCAGGACAGUGAUGAAGUCAGGCCCCGAGAUUGUGAAGGCUGGCCUGCGUUCCUUCUUUGAGAGUGCCUCAGAAGACAUCGAGAAGAUGGUGGAGAACCUGCGGCUAGGCAAGGUGUCACAGGCGCGCACGCAGGUGAAGGGUGUGGGCCAGAACCUCACCUACACCACCGUGGCCCUGCUGCCCGUCAUCACCACCCUCUUCCAGCACAUCGCCCAGCACCAGUUCGGAGAUGAUGUCAUUUUGGAUGACGUCCAGGUCUCAUGCUACCGAAUGCUGUGCAGUAUCUACUCUCUAGGAACGACCAGGAACUCUUAUGUGGAAAAGCUGCGGCCAGCCCUUGGGGAGUGCCUGGCCUGCCUGGCAGCGGCCAUGCCGGUGGCAUUCCUGGAGCCUCAGCUGAAUGCAUAUAACGCCUGCUCAGUGUACACCACCAAGUCUCCCCGGGAGCGGGCCAUCCUGGGGCUCCCAAACAGCGUGGAGGAGAUGUGUCCUGACAUCCCGGUGCUGGAGCGGCUCAUGGCAGACAUCAGGGGGCUGGCCGAGUCAGGGGCCCGCUACACAGAGAUGCCGCAUGUCAUUGAGAUCACGCUGCCCAUGCUGUGCAGCUAUCUGCCCCGCUGGUGGGAGCAUGGGCCUGAGGUGCCCCCACCUGCCCUGCCCGCCGGAGUCCCCCCACCCUGCACAGCUGUCACCUCUGACCACCUCAACUCCCUGCUGGGGAACAUCCUGCGAAUCAUUGUCAACAACCUGGGCAUUGAUGAGGCCUCAUGGAUGAAGCGGCUUGCUGUGUUUGCCCAGCCCAUUGUGAGCCGGGCCCACCCAGAGCUCCUGCACACACACUUCAUCCCGACCAUUGGGCGACUGCGCAAGCGGGCGGGUAAGGUAGUGGCUGAGGAAGAACAGCUGCGCCUGGAAGCCAAGGCAGAAGCCGAGGAGGGUGAGCUCCUGGUGCGGGAUGAGUUCUCUGUGCUCUGCCGGGACCUGUACGCCCUCUAUCCACUGCUCAUCCGCUACGUGGACAACAACAGGGCGCACUGGCUGACGGAGCCCGAUCCCAAUGCUGAGGAGCUGUUCAGGAUGGUGGGCGAGAUCUUCAUCUACUGGUCCAAGUCCCAUAACUUUAAGCGUGAGGAGCAGAACUUCGUGGUCCAGAACGAGAUCAACAAUAUGUCAUUUUUGACGGCUGACAACAAGAGCAAAAUGGCCAAGGCGGGAGAUGUACAGUCAGGUGGCUCGGACCAGGAACGCACCAAGAAGAAACGCCGUGGGGACCGGUACUCUGUACAGACAUCGCUGAUUGUGGCCACGCUCAAGAAGAUGCUUCCCAUCGGCCUAAACAUGUGUGCACCCACUGACCAGGACCUCAUCGCGCUGGCCAAGACCCGCUAUGCCCUGAAAGACACCGAUGAGGAGGUCCGGGAAUUUCUGCAAAACAACCUUCACCUUCAGGGAAAGGUCGAAGGCUCUCCUUCUCUGCGCUGGCAGAUGGCCCUGUACCGGGAAGUCCCGGGUCGUGAGGAGGACACCGACGACCCUGAGAAGAUCGUGCGUAGAGUCCAGGAAGUGUCUGCAGUGCUCUACCAUCUGGAGCUGGUCGAGCACCCUUACAAGUCCAAGAAGGCUGUGUGGCACAAACUCUUGUCCAAGCAGCGCCGGAGAGCGGUUGUUGCCUGUUUCCGCAUGACCCCCCUGUACAACCUGCCCACGCACCGGGCAUGUAACAUGUUCCUGGAGAGCUACAAGUCCACAUGGAUCCUGACUGAAGACCACAGUUUUGAGGACCGCAUGAUAGAUGACCUUUCAAAAGCUGGGGAGCAGGAGGAAGAGGAGGAGGAAGUGGAGGAGAAGAAGCCAGACCCCCUGCAUCAGCUGGUCCUGCACUUUAGCCGUACUGCCCUGACUGAAAAGAGAAAGGAGGCUCUGCCAGACUGCACUGACCUGGGGCUGCCCACAGGGAACGUGGUGAAUGGCAUGAUUGCCCGGCAGAUGGUAGACAUGCUCGUGGAAUCUUCAUCCAACGUGGAGAUGAUCCUCAAGUUCUUUGACAUGUUCCUGAAACUCAAGGACAUCGUGGGCUCGGAGGCCUUUCAGGACUACGUCACUGAUCCCCGUGGCCUCAUCUCCAAGAAGGACUUCCAGAAGGCCAUGGACAGCCAAAAGCAGUUCACCGGUCCAGAAAUCCAGUUUUUGCUUUCGUGCUCUGAAGCGGAUGAGAAUGAGAUGAUCAACUGUGAAGAGUUCGCCAACCGCUUCCAGGAGCCAGCUCGCGAAAUCGGCUUCAACGUGGCAGUACUGCUGACCAAUCUGUCGGAGCACGUGCCACAUGACCCACGUCUGCGCAACUUCCUAGAGCUGGCCGAGAGCAUCCUCGAGUACUUCCGGCCCUACCUGGGCCGCAUUGAGAUCAUGGGCGCCUCGCGCCGCAUCGAGCGCAUUUACUUUGAGAUCUCAGAGACGAAUCGCACCCAGUGGGAGAUGCCACAGGUGAAGGAGUCCAAGCGCCAGUUCAUCUUCGACGUGGUGAACGAGGGCGGGGAGUCCGAGAAGAUGGAACUCUUCGUGAGCUUCUGCGAGGACACCAUCUUCGAGAUGCAGAUCGCCGCGCAGAUCUCGGAGCCCGAGGGCGAGCCCGAGGAGGACGACGACGAGGGCGCGGCCGAGGCGGGAGCCGACGGCGCCGAGGAGGGCGCGGCGGGGUCCGAGGGCGCGGCGGGGCCGGCAGCGGCGGGCGCCGCAGCGAGCGGGGCGGCGGGCGCGGGGGCGGCGGCGGGCGCGCUGCGCCUGCUCUGGGGCUCGCUGUUCGGCGGCGGCCUCGUGGAGGGGGCCAAGAAAGUGACGGUGACCGAGCUGCUGGCCGGCAUGCCCGACCCGACGGGAGACGAGGUGCACGGCGAGCAGCCGGCCGGGCCUGGCGGCGACGCGGACGGCGAGGGUGAAGGCGAGGGCGCGGGCGACGCCGCCGAGGGAGCGGGCGAUGAGGAGGCAGCGGUGCACGAGGCCGGGCCAGGAGGCGCUGACCGGGCCGUGGCAGUGUCCGAUGGGGGCCUCUUCCGGUCCGAAGGGGUCCCGGGAGGCCUCGGGGACAUGGGUGACACGACGCCGGCGGAGCCGCCUACGCCCGAGGGCUCCCCCAUCCUCAAGAGGAAGCUGGGGGUGGGUGGAGAGGAAGAGGAGCUGCCUCCAGAACCAGAGCCGGAGCCAGAGCCUGAGAAAGCAGAUGCCGAGAAUGGGGAGAAGGAAGAAGCCCCUGAGCCCCCACCAGAGCCCCCCCAGAAGACAGCACCUCCUCCACCCCCUCCAAAGAAGGAAGAAGCCGGAGGCGGGGGCCUGGAAUUCUGGGGAGAGCUGGAAGUGCAAAGGGUGAAGUUCCUGAACUACCUCUCCCGGAACUUUUACACCCUGCGAUUCCUUGCUCUCUUCUUGGCAUUUGCCAUCAACUUCAUCUUGCUGUUUUAUAAGGUCUCAGACUCUCCACCAGGGGAGGAAGACAUGGAGGGCUCAGCAGCUGGGGACCUGGCAGGCGCCGGGUCUGGCGGUGGCUCUGGCUGGGGCUCAGGGGUCGGUGAGGAAGCAGAGGAAGAUGAGGAUGAGAACAUGGUGUACUACUUCCUGGAGGAGAGCACGGGCUACAUGGAACCAGCCCUGCGUUGCUUAAGCCUGCUGCAUACACUGGUGGCCUUUCUCUGCAUCAUUGGCUACAACUGCCUCAAGGUGCCCCUGGUGAUCUUUAAGCGGGAGAAGGAGCUGGCCCGGAAGCUGGAGUUUGACGGCCUCUACAUCACCGAGCAGCCUGAGGACGAUGAUGUGAAGGGGCAGUGGGACAGGCUGGUGCUUAACACGCCGUCUUUCCCCAGCAACUACUGGGACAAGUUUGUCAAACGGAAGGUUCUGGACAAGCAUGGGGAUAUCUAUGGGCGGGAGCGGAUCGCUGAACUGCUGGGCAUGGAUCUGGCCACGCUGGAGAUCACAGCCCACAAUGAGCGCAAGCCUGAACCACCGCCAGGGUUGCUUACUUGGAUCAUGUCCAUUGAUGUCAAGUACCAGAUUUGGAAGUUCGGGGUCAUCUUUACAGACAAUUCUUUCCUGUACCUGGGCUGGUACAUGGUGAUGUCCCUCCUGGGACACUACAACAACUUCUUCUUUGCUGCCCACCUCCUGGACAUCGCCAUGGGGGUCAAGACGCUGCGCACCAUCCUGUCCUCCGUCACCCACAAUGGGAAACAGCUGAUGAUGACUGUGGGCCUCCUGGCAGUGGUGGUCUACCUGUACACCGUGGUGGCCUUCAACUUCUUCCGCAAGUUCUACAACAAGAGCGAGGAUGAGGAUGAGCCUGACAUGAAGUGCGAUGACAUGAUGACAUGUUACCUGUUUCACAUGUACGUGGGUGUCCGAGCUGGUGGGGGCAUUGGGGACGAGAUUGAGGACCCAGCAGGUGAUGAAUAUGAGCUGUACCGGGUGGUGUUUGACAUCACCUUCUUCUUCUUUGUCAUCGUCAUCCUGCUGGCCAUCAUCCAGGGUCUGAUCAUUGAUGCUUUUGGUGAACUCCGAGACCAACAAGAGCAAGUAAAGGAAGAUAUGGAGACCAAGUGCUUCAUCUGCGGCAUUGGCAGCGAUUACUUUGAUACCACACCGCACGGGUUUGAGACCCACACGCUAGAGGAGCACAACCUGGCCAAUUACAUGUUUUUCCUGAUGUACCUGAUAAACAAGGAUGAGACAGAACAUACGGGUCAGGAGUCUUAUGUCUGGAAGAUGUACCAAGAGAGAUGCUGGGACUUCUUCCCGGCUGGCGAUUGUUUCCGCAAGCAGUACGAGGACCAGCUUAGCUGAGUCACCCCCAGCUGGCCCUUCACCCCCAUCACAAGUGCCUUAUUCUCACAGCAAGCCCCUUAGCCCCCAGACCCCUCCCCACAAGGCGCCAGGGGAAGGGUGACCAUGUACUGGAGAAAUAAAAUCUGUGCUACACCCCUGA